AUGUCGGUGACGUCAGUGAAGUCGAAGGGGCCGCUAAAGCCAAAGGCGGUGAGGCCCUACACCAAGCCACGCACAAGGUCAGCGCCGAAGGAUAAGCCAAUGGAUGUGACGCCGGAGGUGUGGGAGAGGAACUGCAUCCGGAGGGAGCUCCUUGUCAAUGAGUUCGUCCUCGUCCCUCCACUCGAGGGGCUCAUCCCCGUCUACCCCGGGCUACUUCCAGGAAGGGUGUGGCUCCACGCACAAGAUUCUCCCGCAACUACUCCACCCCCAUCCCCCCUCCGACUUCAGCAAGUUCAAUCUGGACUGUUUUCGCCGAGCAGCACCAAUUGUCGUCAUGUUGUGGCCGGCGGGGUUGUGCAAGGGGCAAACCUCGACCUCAAUAGUCCAUACGACGACCUGGUGGCACCCCCGCCGGCUCAAAGGAGGGGCGCUCUCGCUCGAAGAAUGCCAAGGGCUCGCGGAUUUGAAUACUGGUUUGGUGGCAUUGAUCUCAAUGCAACUCCUGAAGCUAGUACAUCAACUGAUCAACAUGUUGGGCAGCCGCCAGAAGUCGGAGGCCAUCGUGUCGAUCCCCAAGGAGAUGAAGCAGGUCCUUCAAACAAUGAUCAGCAAGCUGAUUCGCGUGCACGGACUGGUGUUACACUUUCCAGUGAGGAAAGCGAUGGUGAAGCUGAGGUUGAGUCAACGCCUGAAGGAUAUGUUCCAAAGGUUCCAUUUGUUGGCAUGAUGUUUGACACACCUGAACUAGCUUUGCAGCACUACAACAGAUAUGCUCACCACAUUGGUUUUUCAGUGAAGAUAGAAUCAUCUAGGAGAUGUGCUAAAGAUGCAAAGCUUCGAGUAAAACGUGAUGGUGCUAGAUGGAAAGUUACUCAGUUUGUUGAGGUGCAUACACAUGAGGUGAUUGACAAGUUUGCGCUUAAGAAGUACUUGAGAUCACACAACAAGAUCCCUGCAGAAGAGAAAAAGUUCAUUGACUUGUUGCAUGAAGUCAACCUUACUUCAGGAAGAAUCAUGGAAAUCAUGGGGGAGCUAUAUGGGAGCAAGCAGAAUGUCCCAUACAACAGCAAAACAGUUAGUAACUACACUGCAAAACUAGGGAACUAUGACAGGAUUAAAGAUAUCCCAGAGCUGCUAGAGUACUUUGAAGAAAUCAAGAAAGAUGAUCCCAGAUUUUUCUACAGGUUCAAGCUAGAUGCAGAAAAUAAAGUGGAGAACCUGUUCUGGGUGGAUAGCAAAGCAAGAGAUGUCUACCCCCUGUACAAUGAUUGUAUUUCUUUUGAUACAACAUUCAUGACAAACCAGUACAGCAUGCCAUGUGCUCCUUUCAUUGGAAUAAAUAGAUAUGGUCAAUCCAUCCAGCUUGGUUGUGGUUUUGUGAGGAAUGAAUCUUCUGUGAACUUUGUGUGGUUGUUUGAGCGGUUCUGCAGGUGGCAUAUAAUGCAAAAAGUACAGGAAAAACUUGGUACUUUUGUUGCUCAGAGAGAAGACUUGCGUUUAGAGUUCAAUGAUGUGAUUGACUACAGCAUGACACCGGAAGAGUUUGAACAGCGGUGGGCAAAUAUGACAUAUUUCCGCCACCGGUUUUUCCCAUUCCUUCAAACUACAUCUAGAAGUGAAGGGUUUAAUGCUGUUCUUAAGCAGUAUGUUCAUCCACAUGAUAGCCUUGUUCGUUUCUUCAAGCAGUACAUGAAACUACAGGAAAUAAUUGAUGUAACAGAAGAUGCUCAUGAGUUUGAUGGUGAUGAGAAGACAGUCAGGCUUUGGGGGGACUUUCCCAUGGAGAAGCAGAUCCUUCAGACAUACACCAUGCCCAUCUACCACCGCUUUCAGCUUGAGCUUCGAAAGAUUACAUCCUAUAAUGUUUUUGACAUUGGUGUUACUGAACAAGGGAGCAUUCAUGAGGUUUUCCCAAUACAAGGAUCCGUGCGCGGGUACGGUAGGAGGAGUUAUCGUGUCGAUGCUGAUGUAGCUAAUGGAAUCUACAAUUGUGAAUGUUGCAAAAUUAACAGGGAUGGUAUCUUGUGCUGCCAUGCAUUGAAAGUUAUGACACAUCUAGGGAUGGUUACAAAAUACCCAGAGCACUACAUCCUACCCAGGUGGUGUCUACCCCCUCCCGACAUAGUUGCACCGCGGGAUGAGAGGCAAGAAAAGCCUGUUGGCCAGAAGCUAUCUAGAAAAGAUAUGAGAUUGCUUAGAUAUGGUAACCUCUGCAGUGAUUUUGCUAAGCUUGCUGUUGGUUUAGCGGCCUCAGAAAAAACUAAUGAAAUAGCUGAACGGCACAUGAGAGCAAUGGAGAAAGAGAUGGCAGAUUUGAAAAAGGCUAAUGCUGAUGCACUCAAAAAAAGGAAGAGCGCCAAGCAUGCAGUAAACACCAACACUGCUAAUGAUUCACAAGAAAGUGUACCUAUGGAAGAAGAUGCUGCUACUGUGGAGAAUCGGAAAGCUAGGAACCCACCAAUGUCAGCGACAAAAGGGCGCCCAGGUUCAAAAAGAAAGAAAGGUGGUCUACAGUUACAGAAACCAAAACAAGGUCUUUGUGGUGUGUGCAAGCAACCAGGUCACGAUGCUCGUAUGUGCGAGGUGCGACUAGCAAACCCAGAGAAGUACAGUUUGUUGGGCCUUUUUCAUUGA